CAAGGCAGAGGCACAAAACAGAGAUAAGGUUUCAUUUGGCCUCUAUCGUCUCAUUUUCGUUGGAGGGUCAGUAACUGACCUCGAAGGAGAAGAGAGAUAGAGGCUAAAGGAGAAUGUCAGCUACAACGAUGAGCUUCAACCUGGUUGGAGCUUUCAGAGGGCUUUCACUAAGUUCGGGCUCAUCUUUCCUCAAAGGAGAUUUUGGAUCCAUUUGUGUAGGCAACAAGGUCUCCGUUUCCUUCCCUCUCAAAUCUCCAUUGACUAUCGAGUGCGCACAUAAGAAAGGUGCUGGAAGUACCAAGAACGGUCGAGAUUCCAGGGGUCAGAGGCUCGGCGUCAAGAUCUACGGUGACCAGGUUGCCAAACCCGGCGCCAUUAUUAUUCGGCAGCGUGGCACUAAGUUUCAUCCGGGGAAGAAUGUUGGGUUGGGCAAAGACCACACCAUCUACUCCCUGAUUGAUGGAUUAGUCAAAUUUGAGAAGUUUGGACCAGACAGGAAAAAGGUGAGUGUUUAUCCACGUGUGGAACAGCCUGAAAAUCCGAACAGUUACAAAGCAAGGAAAAGAGAGUACUUCAGAAUGCAACGUGAACGCCGAAAAGCAAGAAAGGAGGGCCUUGUUCCCCCACCCCAACUGGUUUUGGCUUCUGUGGACGAAAUUCCUGAAGGCAGUCCAAGCUGCUGAUGAGUUAGUUGUCCAUAUCCCUUAAGUCAGAUGGUACAAACCAUUCCAAUGCCAGUGCACCAACUUGAAGGUUAAGACUACUAUCUUCAUUCUUCAAUGACCAUGUCGUGCCUUAGUCAUGGUUGGCAAAACUUAAAUCUCCAACUAAUUUGUGCAGCCGGAUGCAGGGAAGCUUAAAUCUCCAACUAAUUCUAUUGCAUUUUUCCUUUGGUAGUUGUUGUGGUAUAAGUCAAUGUUAUAUUGCUGAAUGUUGAUUACUGUUAUUCACUUAUUUGGAAGGUUGAGAAACCUAUAAAGAGUAAA